GCCAGCCGUGGGUGAAUACGCUGUCAACAUGGCGGAGAGAGGCAGCGAGCAGCGGUAGAAGUGCUCCGUGUUCGUCCAGCUCUCUCAGGGUUGUUAGUGAAGGGACAAGUUUCGCUUUGCACAUAAAAAAGCCACCAAACUGUCGUGGAAAUGAGCCACGAAUGAGGAAAGAUGAGCCGACACGCAACAGACUUCCACGAGUCGGUGCCUGCUGAUCACGUGCUCAACUCUGCAGCCGUGUUAUUCCCCGGUGCGUUUGAUCAACAUGGCUGCCCUCUGAUCGUGUUCCCUGCAGACGAACAAGCCAAACUCUCCUCAGAACUCUGCAAAGCAGAAGUGGUGGACUUCAUAAAUUACUUUCUGUGUCUGCACAAUAAGAAGCAGGAGAAGGAGAGUUUGGUGUCGGUGGUGGCCGAUCUGAGGCACGCCUCGCUCCCGACGACCAGGUUCGUCGCCGAGACGCUGCUCCUGCUUGAGCGGCACAAGCGGACCGUCCACAGUGUGUACAUAAUUCAGCCCAAAAAGAAGGAAGCUGUCAAGCUGUUGCUGAAACUCCUGGCUCCGUCAAAGUCUCUCAUGGCCUCUUUCAAGAAAGUGCUUCUUAAAGAAAUCCCAGAGCUCUCCAACUACAUUGACCGAAGCCAGCUCACGGCAUCGUUGGGCGGCUACCUGGUUUACUGUCACCAGAGCUGGGUGGCCUUCAUCAAGGAGAUCGAUGAGUUUGUUCAGGAGUUCCUGUCUGUGGUCCAGCGGCUGCCCUCGUGCAUCUCCACCCUGCAGGCUCUGUCCAGGCUGCCGCCGCCCUCCACCUUCAGCGAGCUCCGACACUUCUGCUCCACCAACGAAGCAAAGUUCCAGCAGCUCAGGAGGGAGCUGGGGCUGGAUGAACUGCUGACGCACUGUGAGAGUGUUGUGGAGAAGCUGCGCUACCCGGAGACAGAGCCGUGCUACCAGGCGAUGGCCGGCACGGCCCUCUUCACCCACACCGCCUUCGACAUGCUGCAGAACCACAGCAGGAUAACUGCUGCUGUGGAGAAAGUGGAGCUGCUGUGGCAGCAGGCCUUCUCUAAGGCACGUCUCCAGUUACAGGUGUUCCAGCUGCGAGAGGAUGCUCUGCAGAUCACAGAGCAGAUCAAAACUCUCCUUCAAGAGAAACUCCAGCCUUACAAAAUAGAGAUCGCCAAGGAUGCUGCGGAGGCCGUGAUGUUGGUUUCUGAAUUUCAGGCGUCCGUUCACACGCCUGCCAUGGCACUCAUUCUCUGUGCUGAAGAUGUGAUCCACACGGUAUCGGAGAUCCUGCUGUAUGACGGUCAGACCAGGGAGCGCUGGGUUCUGGAUGUGGAGAGGCUGAAGGAGAAGCUCCGCUCCGCUGUGAACUUCAUCCUCCAAACCCUCAGAGCAGUUUCCAGCUACCACCAUCACUACAACAAGGCCAACAGCUGGUACCGUCUGGUCCUCUGUGAGAACGUCCUCCAGCUGCUGCUGUCCGGAGUCGGUGGAGACGGUGUUCAGAGGAGGAGCUGGGGGACGAUCCCUGCGUGGAGGUACAAGAUGUCCACUUUCCUGAAGAAGAAUCCCCCUCCAGAUACGGAGGAGCUGGUUCAUCUGGGCCAUCUGUCUAAAGCCAUUCUGGAUGAUGAGGUCCAGGAGGCGGGCAAGCAGAUGUCUCAUCGGUGCUUGACCCUGAGGAAACUGAUGAUGAGUUCGGGACCUGUGGCUGUCGGUCACCUCCAGCUGGCCUUACAGUGGCAGUACGAGCUGUUGCGGAGCGGCCAUGUAAACCAUUCCUCCGCUGACGGCGCUACCAACGGAACGACUAAAGAUGUUCAGGACGUCGGUAAAUGUGAAAGUGGUACGGAAGAGGCCCGUCUUAUAGUAAUGUCCGCGACUGCGGUUUCUGCGGUGGCGUCAGCCGAGGGCAAACUCCCGUCCCUCAGCUCAUUCGACUCGGGCUUCGAUGGAGCCGCGAGCAGCCAGUCGGAAGUGUGGGGGGGCAGGGAAGGAGCCGUGAGCCAGCCUCAAAUCCACAAAGACAUUACCUUCAGUGUUUCAGAUUGUGAGGACGUUGGCUCCGUGGGGAGCUCCUCCGGGGCCAGCAUCCAGAUCGUCCCGAAAGUCACCGUGGAUUCCCUCAACCUGGAGAUCAAAGUGAAGCGCUCGGUGGCGCUGCCCAACAAUCCUUGGCUUAGCUUGCCGGUAGACGAUCUGGAAAACUCGUACACGGUCACCAUCACGCAGAACCCAACGCCGCAAAAGAGAGAGCUGCCAUCCCAUAAUCCCUCCGACCCCCGCACCAGCGUCGACCAAUCCGACAGGUCUCGAGAUCAGCCCACACAGACGGAGGUUUUGAGAGGCACGCGGCCCAGAGGCCCGCAGAGCGGCCACUGGACGAUACACUCUCAAAGCAGUGUGGAGGAUCCUGAACUGAGUCCCGUUCGCCACGUCCUCUCCAGCACGAUUACAGAUGGACGAGACAAGUCCAUCUGCACCACCGAGGGGAUUCCUACUCUCCUCUGGGACUCGUAUGACCUCCACGACCAGAACGACGAUGCUGUGGACGGUGAGGUCGAUAUCUCCCUAAAUGACUGGGAUGUGAAGGAGCAGCAGGAUUUGAGGGCGGUGGAGAAGAUCCUGGACAGGGCUGAUGAAAUACUAGAGAAAGAAGAAAAAGUUCUGGCUCAGGAGGCGGUGCUGGACGCCCUGCUGAGGUCGGAGGAUGGGCACCGUCAGUGGCCGCCGUGGGACAGUGAGGACCAGCUCGGUGUGAUGUCGUCUAGUGAGCUGGCUGAAGCCGGUGUUCUUGGCCUCGAGGAUUACCUUGAACCUGCGGAGUCCGACCACCUCAGUGAGCCCGGAUCAGCUGGAUCUGCAAGCGACGCUAAGGCUUCUGAAGCGGCCACGGGAGCAUUUCACAGCAGGCCGGACCUGCUGACGGAGCUGAGGAAAGUCCACAUCCUGGAGGAGCUGAUCAUGGAGGAGAACCUGAAGAUCCAGGAGCUCCGAAGCUGCGAAGAAAACCCCGAAGAGGAACUCUCUGUGGGUGAAUCUCCGGAUACAAACAGGCCGUCAAGUACGAGCAAAGAGAGGGAGGCUUUUCAGCUACAACUGGAAAAGGAGAAAAGGGAGGUGGAGAAGCUCGAGAAGAGUUUGGACAAAGAACAUGAAGCGAAGAAGCGCAAGGACAAAGCUAGAAAGGUUGUAAAAUGUUCUGUGAUGGAGAAGGCCAGAAGUGAGAAUAAGGAAGACCGAGCCCUCUGUGAUGAGCUUUUGUCAGGUAGCUGUAGAUCACAGAGUUCAACACCUUCGGUCCAGAAUGAUUCUCAGGAAACGUGUCAAACUGAAGACGUUCAAGCGGGGUCGGGUCCCGAUGAUGCCGAAGAGGCUACGCCACAAGACUUGGUUCAACCUCCAGAUUCCCAGUGUCAAGAUGAUUGCUCGUUAGCGUUUAAUAAAGCCACCUCUGAUUUGAAGGAAUCUCCUGAAGAGGAACGUAUCUACGGGAACAAAUUAGACAAAUCUCGUGAAGAUGCGUCUUUACCGUCUGGAAUGAAGCCAGAUGUUGGUGCAUUUGACCCAGGUGGGAACUCGCACCGUCCUCCUGUGCCCGAGCCAAGAAGGGCUCCACUUCCUGUGAACCACGACAACCUCGCUGAACACGAACCUCCUCCUUACACGGAGCUGCAGGAUCCAGCUCGGCCCUCCGUCGCUCAAGAUCCCGGUUUUGUGCAACUCGAUGCACUGCUUGAGAAUGCAACUACAGCCGUCGCUCGCAACUUUCUUGUCAAUCCAGAUGUGAAGGAACACAGCAGCAGCAACAAUAACAACAACAACCAUGUGCUCACUGAAAAAUGCAAUGUUCCAUUAGACUACUUGUCUGAAGUAACCACUCAAGGUGAAGAGGAUGCAUCAGAAGUACCCGAGUGUUUGCUAGCAAAAGAUUUGCGCCCAGCAGAGGAAGUCCGGACUCUGUCUGCUGCAGACGAGCAGUCGGCGCCCCAGCUGCCUCCUGACCGGCCUCUGGAGUUUGACCCCGGUGGAAGAGAUGAGCGGGAUGAAGGCUUUGCUGAUGGUGUGCAGAGCUCCGAGGCCAUGAGGAUGUCAGGCUCUAGGUCACCUGGGAUUCAGGCCCAGCUUAAUAGCGACAUGAGAGAGAUGACAUAUUUCAAGACCCCCAUAGUCCUGGAUACGGGGUCUGGUUUGAUGAAAGCAGGAUUUGCAGAUCAAGACCUCCCAAACAUUAUAUUCCCAACAAUUAUUGGAAUGCCAAAAUAUGAGGAAAUAAUGAAUGGCAACCUUGAAAGGGAGAUCUACAUUGGACAUGAAGCGCAACACAUGAGAGGGGUCCUGGCUCUGAAGCAUCCCAUUAAGAACGGGAUCAUUUGUAACUGGGAUGAAAUGGAAAAGAUUUGGCAUCACACGUUCCAGCAGCUCGGCGUGGAGCCAGAAGAUCACCCUGUCCUGCUGACCGAGGCGGCCAUGAACCCCUUGCAGAACCGUCAGCGCAUGGUGGAGAUCAUGUUUGAGUGUUUCAAUGUUCCCUUCACCUACGUGGCCAUGCAGGCGGUGCUGGCACUUUACGCUGCAGGGAGAUCGACUGGUGUGGUGUUUGACUCUGGCGACGGAGUGAGCCACAGUGUGCCUGUGUUUGAGGGAUACUGUCUACCUCAUGCCGUGCAGCGCUUCCCUCUGGCUGGUGCCGACGUUACAAUGCAUCUGAAAAAGCUUCUGCAGGAACAAGGGGUGUGCAUGCGCACCACGGCGGAGAUAGAGAUAGUGAGGGAGAUGAAGGAGAGCUGCUGCUGUGUGGCCGUCGACUAUGAAGCCGAACUGAGUCGCGGGUCCUGCAGAGAGAUGCAUUACACCAUGCCAGACGGACAGAUCGUCACACUUGGCCCGGAGAGGUUCAGGGCCCCUGAGAUUCUCUUUAAACCCGAGCUGAUUGGACGGGACCAUUACGGGAUGCACGAGAGCGUCUAUAAGUGCAUCCUCAGCUCAGACAUCGACCUGCGGCGCUGCUUCCUGGGAAAUAUCGUACUGUCAGGCGGGAACACUCUGCUGCCGGGCCUGCCUGAGCGGCUCCAGGCUGAAAUCAAAGGACUGCUUCCCGCCGACAUGGGGAAGAGCGUUCGCGUCACCAGCCCCGAGGACAGAGACUUCUCGGUGUGGAGCGGCGGAGCAGUGCUCGCCAACCUGCCCACCUUCAGCGCCGCCUGGAUCUGUCAGGAAGAAUACGAGGAGCACGGGCCGCAGAUCGUCUUCAGGAAGUGCUUCUGAGACGGACCGCCGUGUAACGUACCACUUAAUGUUAUUUUACAAGUGCAAUAUAUAUGUAUGUGUAUAUAAUACAGUGCCAUGGAUUGGUAUGAGCCAUUAUAAGCCCUUUUUAUAUAUUAGUCUCUUUAUGGAUUGAGUUUUCUGUGGAGUCAGUUUAACCCUCGUCAUCAGUGAGUCUUAUCUACUGAGGUCCACCAACAUGGCACGGAUGAAAGUAAUGUUUACGUCCAUGAAAUUCCUGUCAGUCGAUGCCGUUGUCAAAGAAAGAACCUUUUUUCUAAUGUGUCGUAAGUUUCCCAUUUUGGGAAAGUAUUUCUGUCUCGAGAAUUUAAGCGCAUGUUCGUGGUUUAAGGGACUAGAUUUGAAGCUGGCCUUUAAUCGAUGUCUGCCAACUUUGUUUCUAGAUUAAGCCCAUAAAGAGACUCCAAAUUAUAUAUAAAUCUAAUAUCAAAUUACGAUGUGUAUUUAUACAACGAUUUAAAGUAAAUUAGUUUUUUUUUUAUGUGAUCGACAUGGUGAAAGCUGCAUUCAUGUUGAAGUCUGGAUCUGUGCCGUGUUCACAGCUAUAAUUUAGUUUUUAUUAUAGCAGCAUUAAAUAAUAGUUUUGAUGGAUUAGUGCCACUGUUAGGAAAAAUAUUAAUAAAAACCAUGUCGUAUUUCAAUAAUUUUCCUCUCAAAAUAUAACUAUUUUUCACAUUCUUGUAGAAUUUCCUUACAGAAUGUUUUGUGAUUUGGUUUUCUCAGGACUCAUUUUAAUUUCUUAUUUUUUUGCAAACUUGCACCUUUUUUAUUCUCAAUCUCUUUUGUAUAUAACUCUAAUUUUCCUCUCAGUGGCCCCAAUACUCAUGAAAUAUCCAAAAGCAAAAAUAUGAUUCUACCUGAAUGUUUGCUGCAGUAAUGUGAACUGGAGAGGAGAAAAUGUGUAUUCUUGUGUUCUCAAAAACAGCAGAGUCGUGUGUCGCUAAUGGUUCGUAAACAUGUUGAUCCUCCACUUGAGUGAACUUUUGGUUUUGGGAAGGUUAGUGUGCAGCUGGUAAUGAUGAAGAAAAAGUCCAUGGAGAACGAUGUGAAGUAUUGGUCUGGUACUGCCUUUCAGUCUGUUGAAUAAGCAGGUGAUGUUCAAUGCUACUGUUGGUAAAGUUUGUCUAUUUUCUGAAGUUGAAGUUCUUUAUUUUCUAUUUGAGUGCAGUGUCUUGCCACUAAUUAUUAUUAUUAUUUUUUUUUUUUUUUUUUUCUGAUCUGAGAACAUUGUGUGUUUUUGACACUUGCACAGUAGUGUUAACGUUAUUGAAAGGCGUUCCAAAAGUGCUGCAGUUAUCUCAAUACUAUUGAUUCUGAAAACCCACUUUGCCAACCCUGUAUAUUUAUAUUUAAUCUAACUAGUUUGAAUGUUGCUCUGUUCUGUUUUGCAUGCUGCUUAUUUUGUUGCAUGUCCUCCUUUAGGUGCAUGUUUUUCUUUUGGCUUUUUGUGAAGUGCCUCCCUAAAGGCAUGGGGUUUAUCAUGUGAUCUUAAGUUCAGCUCUUAAGUGGAAAUCGGCAUGAAAUGUGACCGGGAUCUCUACUUCUGCCUCUACACAAUUCUCUGAACUGCUCAGUGUGCCUUGUUUUCUGGGUCUCCUCCUCAACGUACUGUAACAGUCUGAACUGAAUCUAGCAAUGUUUCACCCAAACCAUGAUAUUUAUGUCAUGUCUGUUUUUAUAAUAAAUAUUUUAAUCCUC